AUGAUUAUUCUAAAUACGAAUUAAAACUAAGAAAUUACAAGUCAGGCUCUUGAUUCUAUAGAUUAAAUAGAGGAUUAAGAUUUGCUUGAUGAAAAUUUAAGAUUUGAAAAUAAAAAAUGUGGCCCUAGUGACUAUACUAAUUUAUCAGCAAGUCCUGUUCUUGAUGUUAAUAAGCUAAAUAACAAGUUUGAUUUGCUAUGGUUAGGUUAAGCAUUAAAAAAAUUCGACAGGACUAUUCUCAUAUUAGUAAUAGUUAAUUAUAUGAAUCUUGGAUUCUUAACCUUGUUGAUUUUAUCAACAAAAGCUUAUUUCAAAGAAUAUUUAGGAGUUUCUCCAUCUUAACUUUAAACAGCUAUCUCUAUUAUAUAUUUACCUUGGGGAUUUAAAGUAGUUUACGGAAUAUUAUCUGAUGCUUUUCCAAUAUUCGGAUAUCGAAGAAAAUCAUAUUUAAUAAUUAAUGGCCUCAUCAACUUCAUCUCGGUGCUACUGAUAGUUCCAGGAAUAUAUGAAGAAUACAAAUUUGUGACUAUUUUAUUAACUUUUGGAAAGAUGGCAACAGCAUCAACUGAUGUUCUUGUGGAUUCAAUGUUGGCAUCAGAAGCAAAAAAAGAUAAAAUAAGCGGAAGUGAAAAUCUUUAGUUCAUAGCAGAUACAUUCUAAGGAAUAGGUGGAGUGCUAGGGGCUAUUCUCGGUGCUAUUUUUACUUAAUAUACCCAUCCAAAAUACGGAUUCCUAAUUUAUUCAUGCCUUGGACUAUCUAUUUUCAUUGCAUCUAUAAACCUGAAAGAGAAAUGA